AUGUCAAAUACAACAACACCCACGACAAGUAUCAAUGGAAAUGAAUCCGUGAGUCUACCAUUCGGUCGACUUGAGUCAGCUCAAUUUGGAACAUACGAUAUCUGGCAAGAGAAAACAGUAGUUGGGAAGAAAACGAACCAUCAUGAUGUUGAUGUAAAUAUGGGUUCAGGAUCUGUUGUGUCCCGUUCUCACUUUGAAUUGAUACUUCUCAAUGGAACCGAUUUUCAAUUGAGAUGUCUUAGCAAGAAUGGUAUUUUUAUCAACAAUAAUUACACAAAAGAUUCGUCAGUCACUCUUCUACCUAAGCAAUGCACAUUUCGAUUUCCAAGCACUGACAUGUGUAUUUCCUUUUCAUCAUUAACUAAUAAUAACAAUACAGCAACUAGUAGUAAUACCAUUAAUCGCACGUCGCCUGAAAGUAUUUCACGUCACGUCUCUACAGAUGCAGUACAGCAGCAACAGCAACGCUUGUCAACAUCAUCAGCAACAUCAAUUCCUAUUGAUAUCACUAAUCCAUCUUCCACAUCGUCAUUAUUACUUCAAUCAGUUCCAAAUGUAACACCGCAACAACAGGUGAUUCUGGUCGCUGUCAAUCAGCAUCCGCAACGAACAGUUAGUCAUGAAACAAAUAACAAUAAUCUGCUCCCGUUAAGUCUUAACAUACCAAGUUCAACUUCAUCGUUACUACCAACGGUUAGAAGUAAUGGACAAGUGAAAACACACUAUGAAAAUCCAACAACUGUGAAUAUCGCCUCGAACAAUUUAUUGAUCGGUUCUUCCAUUUCAUCGUGCUCGACGAGUCCGAAGAAUAUUAACAGUGAUAUAAAUGAAAACCAUCCAUUAGUGAGUUCUCCUAUCAUUCAACGACUUCCAUCAUCAGGGUUGGAUGUGAGCCAACAAGACCACGAUAACAAUAGUUCCAAAAAUGGUGCGAAACCUCCAUUUUCAUACGCACAGUUAAUAGUUCAAGCAAUUCUAUCUGCACCUGAUAAACAAAUGACGCUAAGUCAAAUUUAUAAUUUCAUAUCAGCGCAAUAUCCAUACUAUGAAGCAAAUAAUCGUGGUUGGCAAAAUUCCAUUCGACACAAUCUCAGUCUGAAUCGUUAUUUCAUCCGUUUGGCUCGAAAAGAAAACGAGUCUGGUAAAGGAAGUUUUUGGCGUUUAGAUGAAACAUGCGAAGAAAAAUUAAUUGAUCACGCUUUUCGUCAUCGAAAGCAACGUGGCAAUUCUAUUUCAUGCAAUUCAUCAAAUGCCGAAUCAAAUCUGAAUAAAUCCGAUGACGCGCAUUCACCAACCACACAAUAUCAAAAUGACCAAGCAGACUUCUUAUUAGCUGAUAUGCCAACGAGCAAUCCGUCGACGCCAUUGUCGCCAAUGACGAGUCCAUUAGUUGGACAUAUGAUCGAAGCAAUCUCUCCGAUGAAACCUCCGGAAGAUAACAAGCGCAAACGCGACGAUGAUGAUGAUGGUGACGAUCUACGAAAUGAACAGCAAAUCGAAGAAUUAUUAAGUGAACUUACUGCAUCAGUUGACGAAUUAUGUAAACGACAGAAGACAGUGUCAGAAUCAUCGUCUUGA